CACGCCGAACACGCAGCCCCCUCCCUCCCGAGUGACAGCAGCGGACCGGCGGACUCUCGGCUGUUGUCCCUUUAAAACUCGAAUCCAUGGGGGUAAUGAUUUAUCAAACUUGUAUUAUCAAGAAAAUGUCACACGAAGGGCACCUUGCUUUGCACUGACGCAAACCUGGCCUUUCCCAAGGAGAUAUAGAAAGCGCCGCCGCUGCCGGAGCCAAACCCAGCCUUGUCGAUCGCUGGUUUCACUCGCCACCUAUUCAAUCUGUUGCCCGCGCCAGACAUGGAUUGCGGUGCUCCAAAGGAAAUGAGUAAACAGCUAGCCAACAGCCUGGAAACGGCGGUGGCACCCGGCCACCACGAUGGCUCCUGCGCGCCCAGAACGAGCCCGGAGCAGGAGCUUCCCGCGGCCUCAGCCACGCCGCCGAGUGUGCCCAGGUCGGCUUCCACCGGUGCCCAAACUUUCCAGUCCCCCGACGCGCGAGCCUGUGAGGCCGAACGCCAGGGAUCGGGGGCUUGCAAACUCAGUGGCCCGAGGCCGCCAGCGGCCUCCGCGGCUCUGCGGGACUUGAGCGAGACUCAUGGCGCUCAGGCAGCCCCUCCUGGGGGCGCCGGGCCGGGCAACGCGCUGCAUUGUAAGAUUCCGGCCCUGCGGGGCCUCGAGGGGGAUGCGAACGUGAGUGUGGGCAAGGGCACCCUGGAGCGGAACAGUACCCCAGCCGUGGGCUGGGUGAAUAUGAGCCAGAGCACCGUGGUGCUGGGCACGGAUGGAAUCACGUCUGUGCUACCUGGCAGCGUGGCCACCGCUGCCGCCCAGGAGGACGAACAAGGGGAUGAGAAUAAGGCCCGAGGGAACUGGUCCAGCAAACUGGACUUCAUCCUGUCCAUGGUGGGGUACGCAGUGGGGCUGGGCAAUGUCUGGAGGUUUCCCUACCUGGCCUUCCAGAACGGGGGAGGUGCUUUUCUCAUCCCCUACCUGAUGAUGCUGGCUCUGGCUGGGUUGCCCAUCUUCUUCUUAGAGGUGUCACUGGGCCAGUUUGCCAGCCAGGGGCCGGUGUCUGUGUGGAAGGCCAUCCCUGCCCUGCAAGGCUGUGGCAUCGCAAUGCUGAUCAUCUCCGUCCUAAUAGCCAUAUACUACAAUGUGAUUAUUUGCUACACACUUUUCUACCUGUUUGCCUCCUUUGUGUCUGUGCUGCCCUGGGGCUCCUGCAACAACCCUUGGAACACGCCAGAAUGCAAAGAUAAAACCAAACUUUUAUUAGAUUCCUGCGUCAUCAGUGACCACCCCAAAAUCCAGAUCAAGAACUCGACCUUCUGCAUGACUGCCUAUCCCAACUUGACAAUGAUUAACUUCACCAGCCAGGCCAACAAGACGUUUGUCAGCGGGAGUGAGGAGUACUUCAAGUACUUUGUGCUGAAGAUUUCUGCAGGGAUCGAGUAUCCCGGGGAGAUCAGGUGGCCACUAGCCUUCUGCCUCUUCCUGGCGUGGGUAAUCGUGUAUGCGUCCCUGGCAAAAGGAAUCAAGACUUCAGGAAAAGUGGUUUACUUCACGGCCACAUUCCCGUACGUCGUGCUCGUGAUCCUUCUCAUCCGAGGAGUCACCCUGCCCGGAGCUGGCGAUGGGAUCUGGUACUUCAUCACGCCGAAGUGGGAGAAGCUCACAGAUGCCACGGUGUGGAAAGAUGCUGCCACUCAGAUUUUCUUCUCUCUAUCUGCUGCCUGGGGAGGUCUGAUCACUCUCUCUUCUUACAACAAAUUCCACAACAACUGCUACAGGGACACUCUAAUCGUCACCUGCACCAACAGUGCCACAAGCAUCUUUGCCGGCUUCGUCAUCUUCUCGGUUAUUGGCUUCAUGGCCAAUGAGCGCAAGGUCAACAUUGAGAACGUGGCGGACCAAGGACCAGGCAUUGCAUUUGUGGUUUACCCGGAGGCCUUAACCAGGCUGCCUCUCUCUCCGUUUUGGGCCAUCAUCUUUUUCUUGAUGCUCCUCACUCUCGGACUGGACACCAUGUUUGCCACCAUCGAGACCAUAGUGACCUCCAUCUCGGACGAGUUCCCCAAGUACCUGCGCACACACAAGCCGGUCUUUACUCUGGGCUGCUGCAUCUGCUUCUUCAUCAUGGGCUUUCCAAUGAUCACUCAGGGCGGGAUUUACAUGUUCCAGCUGGUGGACACCUACGCGGCUUCCUAUGCCCUUGUCAUCAUCGCCAUUUUUGAGCUCGUGGGGAUCUCCUACGUGUACGGCUUGCAGAGAUUCUGCGAAGAUAUAGAGAUGAUGAUUGGAUUUCAGCCAAACAUUUUCUGGAAAGUCUGCUGGGCCUUUGUGACUCCAACCAUUUUGACUUUUAUCCUGUGCUUCAGCUUCUACCAGUGGGAGCCCAUGACCUACGGCUCCUACCGCUACCCCGGCUGGUCCAUGGUGCUCGGGUGGCUGAUGCUCCUCUGUUCUGUUAUCUGGAUCCCAAUUAUGUUCGUGAUAAAAAUGCACCUGGCUCCUGGCAGAUUUAUUGAGAGGCUAAAGUUGGUGUGUUCGCCGCAGCCGGACUGGGGCCCGUUCUUAGCUAAGCACCGUGGGGAGCGUUACAAGAACAUGAUCGACCCCUUGGGAACCUCCUCCCUGGGACUGAAACUGCCAGUAAAGGAUCUGGAACUGGGCACCCAGUGCUAGUCGGAUGGCGUGGGAUGGCCCAGACUCAGUCCUGUGUUUCCUCCCGGCCUCCCCCUACUGGUUUCCCCAGCUUUCUUCCCAUUUUGCUCCUUUCUCCCCACCUCGUGGUCCGUACCUGUGCAUGAGAGUGGUUCAGGCCACAGUGUCGCAUGCUGUAGUGCAGAGCUGGACAGCCCGCCUGAA